GGGCGACGCUGAAGCCUCCGCCGCUGAGUUUGGAGCAUCAGUCGAGGAAUAAAGGACUGAAUCAGAGGAUCCUCAAACUCUCGCUGAAGAUCAACAGCACUGAAGACAAUCUGUUUCUACAGACACUAUGAGACUCUGUUACCUGCUUCUGCUGUCAGUGCCAGGUCUGCUGGCUCAGGUCCAGAACUAUGAUGAUGAUUAUUCAGACAUCUUCGGUAACAGCAACAGCUACGACCCCUUCUUCUACCAGCAGCAGAUUUUACAGACUCAGACGUCAGGGCCUGGACAGAACGUGGUGGAUUUCCAGACAGAGCCGACUGAACCUGGACCCCUGGACUGCCGUGAGGAGCAGUAUCCCUGCACUCGGCUCUAUUCUGUCCAUCAGCCGUGUAAACAGUGUCUGAACAGCAUCUGCUUCUACAGUCUGCGCAGGAUGUAUGUGAUCAAUAAGGAGAUCUGUGUGAGGACGGUGUGUGCUCAUGAGGAGCUCCUGAGAGCGGAUCUGUGUCGUGACCAGUUCUCCCGCUGCGGCGUAAUGGCGCUCAGUGGCCAGUGUGGGGCGAUGGGGAGCAGCUGCGCUAGGAGCUGUGGAUCCUGCUAAACGCACACACACACACACACACAAGCCCUGGUACUGCCUGUCAGACACUAUACACCUGUAGGACAAAACAUCUGCGCAUGUAUGCGAACACACACCCUGAGCAUACGUAACACAAGAACUUCUGUCAAAUGUCUGACGCUAAACCAGAUGUGCUAUUCAUCACCAAGAUGCUAACCUCAACUAUGGCUGCGUCCCAAAUCGCCUCCUACUCCAGUGGGUACUACGUGUGAAUUUGAAUUUACUACACGACCAUUAGAAAAGUACAUUCUAUAUAGUAUGAAUGGAAGUCGGACUUACUGCAUUGGCCGUUUGUCAUGAUCACAUGACCUACCCACGUCAGUCGCAUUGCUUCAGUUCCGUUCCUGAAUUAUCUCGCGGUGCAUUAUGAGAUCGACUUUAUCUCUCAGUAGUAGUAGUAGGUCAACUGGGAACUUCUCGCUUAUUGUUUUUAUAACACUGAAUUCAGACAUGCUACUCGACUCGCAUACUGUUUUGAGCAUACUAUAUAGUAAGUAUGCGAUUUCGGACGCAGCUAAUGUCUUCUUCAAAUUAGCUACAAGAUGGAAGUGAAUUUGAAGACAUGUUGUGCUGGUGUGUGCUACAGCACCUCUAGUGGCCACAUCUCAGAAUGCAGCGGUGUGUGUAAUCCAGUGUUUGUGUACCUGCGUACCGUUUCUGUCCAUCAGACUCUUCUUUUCUGGGCUCAUGUAAACUGUAAUAAUCAGAAUAUUAUGGUGCUAUUGUAUACGUUACACUGGUGCAGGAGGACGAGAGAUCGUCUGCUCGUCGUCCAGUACUGUUUACUUGUUUAUUUUGUCAUACGGUGAGUUUCACUGAACUCAGGUCAGAGGUCAAGACCUACCAGCACUGAUCCCUCAUCAAGAACCACCUGAUGAACUGGGUUCGGCUUCUGUAUACUCGCCAUGUACUGUAAUAUUAACGGUUUUUGCAAUUUAUUAAUAAACAUUUUUGUACUGUA